AUGAAACUCAGAGAAUACUGUUACUGCAAUAUCAGAAAAAUGGGGAGCCCUUCUUCGAGCACAGGUAGGAGUUGGUUUAAAUAUUUCCAGUACGAAGAAGGGCGAGACUCUCCAAGCGACGCUCGCAACGUUCUUUUGGUAGUGGCUGGUCUGAUAGCCGCCGCCACCUUCCAAGCAGGUGUCAUCCCACCGGGCGGGGUUUGGCAAGACAGUGAAUGUGGGCACGUCGCAGGCAGGGCCAUUUACGCCUCUCAAAAGCAUGCCUUUUAUAUUUUCUUGAUCUCGAACACCCUCGCUCUUUCCUCCUCGAUUCUAGUCAUCAUCUCUCUGACGUAUAAGUUCCCAUUUCAUUUCGAGAUCUUUACGGCUUCCAUGAUGGUCACCUACGCAUCAUCUAUUUUCGCCGUUACGUCUCAUGAGUCUGUGAGGUUUCGCUUCAUCUUGACGGCCGCCGCUGGGCCAUUUGUUAUCCGAAUUUCCAUUCAGAUGUUCAACAGGUGCAGACUCAAAUUCUCCCAAUAGCUGCUUAGCUAGCUUCAUCAUCAUCAUGUAUAUUGUAAUCCAGGAAAUAGGAUUGGUAUUUAUCUACAACUUGAUAAAUAAUUUUAAGUCAA